AGUAAAUACACCCACACAGGCUUCAGCUUGUUACUCGUUAUUACACCCUUGCUGAUGUUCAAUCUGACACAUUCCUAACAGACACGCACAGAGAACGGAUGAGACAUAGGAACAGAGUGAGUAUAGACAUACAUACAUCUCAUAAACAUACAUUAGGCUAUACCAAUAUAGAUUCAUUUGGGAUUGUUGGGCACAGAACUGGCAAAGAACUCAUUUCCUUAAAGCUGCAGGAUGGUUAUGAUUGAACGACACAAGGCAUUGGUAAACAUGCUUCAAUAAUUCCUUUCAGUGAAAUGCAUUGAGCAGCUAAAUGAUGCAUGAAUCUGUUCUGCUAUCCUGUAAUUAGCCUAGCUAUCAUGCUAAUUAUUUAUUUUACUAAGUUGUAGCAGUACCUGUAUUUUUGCAAACUUUGACAAGAACCUAAGUUGUGCAUAGAUUUAUCAUAAUGGAGCGUGGAGAGAGCAGGCAUGUUUCAACAGACAAGCCUCAAGACCGCAGCAAUAGCAGCCUCCAAAAACCAGACAAACCAGUUCGCUUACAAAAUACAAUCACACAGCCAUCACAUUUGUUAGAUUGAAUUCUGAAUUCACCUCCAACUUUCAACCACAUCUUGAAUGAAGGGGAUCAUCAAUGCACAGUGAUAGGGAAUAGACUUAAGAUUGUGUCUAAGUUUAAUACAUUUCAGUCAUUUAGCAGACGCUCUUAUCCAGAGCGACUUACAGUUAGUGAGUGCACACAUUUUCAUACUGACCCCCCGUAAAGCCACAAAAGGAGAUUGGUAGUGAUGACACUUGGAACAGAUGCUCCAACGUUAAGGGACACUGUGGUUCCUAUCUUGUACAUCUAUGUGACUACCACUGACAAGUGUGUACAUCUUGCUUAGCCAUGGCAGAUAAGGACCCAAUAACCGAUGGCCAGAGACUGGAAGUGUCCCCCGGCUCUUCGCUCUCAGCCCAGAGUGGUGCCAUGGUUCCCCCUGUAGAAUAUCAGGCAGUGUUACAGGACGGCGCUCUCUCACUGGUCCCCCUCGACAGUCAUUCUGCUGGAGAGGGGGUGGUUCAGCCGUACCCUCGCUCCCCAAAGCUCAUCCGCAAGAUAGCAGCAUCCAGAAAGCUCUCUGAGGUAAAUGUUAUGAUUGUGUAGAAUGGGACCAAGGUAUCCGACUGCUACUAGUACUGUUCCCAAUGAUGAAUGAUUUCCUGAUGGUAAUCUCUAGUAUUUCACCUUUGUUUAACCAAGAUGGUCGAUUGAGAAGCAAUUCUCAUUUGCACUAGCUAAAUGGAAACCAAUCGAUUCAAAAUCAUUCGUCAUUAGCAGUGACUGAGAAUCAAUCUAUUCAGAAGCAAUUCUCAUUUGCAGUAAUUUAGAAACCAUCAAUGGAGUUUCACUGUUUUGUCCUCUCAAACCCUAUCUGUGCUGUAGGAGCAGCUGUCCAGACGAUUGGAGGAACUGCAGUCAGAGAGAACCAGAACUAAGGCCCACAUUCUAUCUCUGAAGAAACGCAAGGCUGAUCUCUCUGUGAGUACAACACUGCCUCCCUAUGGUCCAUGAGUGCCACUGCAGCCAAGGGCAAUACAACCCAUAGAGAAUUCUCUCCAUAUUUCCUAACCUUGCAUUGCUAACGCAGACUAGCUAAAAUAAUGGAUUAGAGAGACUUCAAGUUCCCUAGCGCUGGUGCCAGUCUGCUAACUCAAAAGUUCUGCUAACUCAGAAACAAGACUUGCAUCUAAGCUAUGGGUUCCCUUUAACUCCCCAAUUUCCUCCCCUCUCAUCAUGAUGAAGAGGCGCACAGAGGUGAUGAAGCACCAGGUGAGAGAGAGGUUCGAGGGCAUGAGGGCCGCCCUGCAGAGAGACCUGCAGGCCAUGGUGGACUCGCUGGAGCUGGACCUCAUAGAGACCAGCGCCAGACUAGACCAGGUCCUGAAGGGCUGGGACCAGCACCUGGGACAGGUCCAGAGGAGCGUCACCACUACCCAGAAAGCCCUGGGGCAGACUUGGACAGGGGGCGAUACACAGGUCUAAUUCUAGAUACUGCAGAUGAACUACAUGUAGGCUAACCAGAGUUUCAGUGUUGUAGACCCAUGGGGCGGCGCACAAUUGGCCCAGCGUCGUCCAGGGUAGGGGAGGGAAUGGCAGGCAGGGAUGUAGCUCAGUUGGUAGAGCAUGGCGUUUGCAACGCCAGGGUUGUGGGUUCAAUUCCAGUAUAAAAAAUUAAAAUGUAUGCACUCACUAACUGUAAGUCGCUCUGGAUAAGAGCGUCUGCUAAAUGACGUAAAUGUAAAUGUUAUGCUAUUUCAACAAUUGUGUGUACUCCAUUUUACAGAAUCUUCCUGACAAUCUCAGGUAAAAAAUAUAUUAUAGUAAUCUCUAAUUUCUCCAAUAUCCUUAUUUUGAGAUGUUAUGACUAGCUUUUUUGAUGAAAACGUAUAGGAACUCUGGCAUUGGGCUAAGUACAUGUGGAACUGUCUGUCCCCCUGUAGCCAUAAGAAGCCGGAUGCUUCCGAAGCAGAGAUCCGGCUGAAUGAAGAGCGGUUUGAGAAGCUUCUGAGAACCCUACACUCCUUCUACAAGGACCUGAAGGCCCAGCUUCAGAGGAAGACACUGCUGCUGGGUAACAUACCUUACGUCUGCUUAUCAAUCUAGCCACAGAGGCUAUGACCAAAUAUCUACAUGGUAAAAUCUCACUCUGGAUCUAGGUAGGAUUUUGGGGGGGGGAAAACAGAUGAGGUUACAGAUACAGAAAGUGUUUCUGUUCCAAUCCGUUUGCAGAUUCCUCCACAGUGAUGAUUGACAGGCAGACCUGCCAUAGCAAGAUCACAGUGACAGGAGAGGGACGGGGCAUGUGCUUCUCCGACUCCGCCCAGUCUGCUCCAGAGCACCCCCUCCAGUUUGACAAGAUCUGCUGUGCCCUGGGCUCUGUCGCCGUGACAACGGGCCAACGCUACUGGGAGGCCGACGUCCGCUACUGCUCCGCCUGGGCUGUGGGCGUGGCCUACAGCAGCAUGGACCGGAAGGGGCGGGACAAAGGUGCCAAGCUGGGGCGGAACAGAAACUCGUGGUGUGUGGAACUCAGGCAUGGCCGUCUCUCCGCCUGGCACAACGACAGGCACGUGUCGUGCUCCGCCAGCGGGCGAAGGGUGCCAGGUAGGGUGGGCGUGUGGGUGCACUACGAGAAGGGAAAGCUGGCGUUCUACGAUGCCGAGACUAUGAAGGUCCUGCAGGAGUUCUCUGCAGCCUUGAUGACCGUGUUUGAUAGGGUGCAUCAUCAGUUCACGGAGCCCCUGUACCCUGCGUUCCGCUUCCUAAGACCAUCGGAGGGACAGGUGUGGCCCAGCCAUAUAGAGAUAUGGGACGUCAACACUCCCAUAGCAAUCCAUAAAUGUCAAUAAGCAUCGUUCGAUAUGCACAUUCAUGUACUAUUCAAAGUGUUUGCUCUACUCUCAAUUAUUUUCUAUGCCUGUUUUGUUCAAUCAUAGCAAAUGUUAAUCUGAGCAAUGCAUUGUGUGACCUUAUGGGCAGCGCACAAUUGGCCUA